AUGCUGCCGGACUCGAUCAUUUCGACUUUUGCGGCUCAGCACCCUCUCGGUGUGCUGGGUAAGCAACAGCCGUCACUUUCAAAUGAAUCCCUCCAGUCGACCUCCAAGAGACACGAGUCUUUCCCCGCUUGGAGUGCGAUCGAUGACGUGAAGAAGAAGGCCGAUUCGAUUGCUCAAGAAGCCGCUCGAGAAUACAACAUUGCUAGCCACAAGGCGCAGGAGAAAGCUGGCAAGAUUGAGCUGUGGACGCCCAAAUACUAUGCUGCCUGUACUAUUGGUGGCUUGCUCGCCUGUGGCCUCACUCACACUGCAGUGACCCCUCUUGAUCUCAUCAAAUGUCGCCGCCAGGUUGAUUCUAAGCUCUACAAGAGCAACAUGCAAGCCUUCCACACGAUUCGCGCUGCCGAGGGUUUCCGCGGUGUAUUUACUGGUUGGAGUCCCACCUUUUUUGGCUAUAGUGCCCAAGGAGCAUUCAAAUAUGGUGGAUAUGAGUAUUUCAAGAAGUUCUACAGCGAUCUGGUCGGACAGGAGCGUGCUGCUGAAUGGAAGACCUCUCUGUACCUGGUUGCCAGUGCUUCCGCCGAACUGAUUGCCGACGUUGCCCUCUGCCCAUUCGAGUCCGUCAAGGUGCGCAUGCAGACAACCAUCCCCCCUGAUCUCCGAGGUACUUUCAGUGGUAUUUCCUCAGUUGUCGCCAAGGAGGGCGUAUCCGGUCUGUACAAGGGUCUGUACCCACUCUGGGGUCGCCAGAUUCCCUACACUAUGAUGAAGUUUGCCUCGUUCGAAACUAUUGUCGAGAUGAUCUACAAGAAUCUGCCGGGCCAAAAAUCAGACUACAACAAGGGUGCGCAGACUGCGGUUGCGUUUACUAGUGGUUAUUUGGCCGGUAUUCUCUGUGCCGUGGUCUCACAUCCGGCCGAUGUGAUGGUUAGCAAGCUGAAUGCCAACCGUCAAGCUGGUGAGGCCUUUGGUGCUGUGAUGAGCCGUAUCUAUGGUGAUAUUGGAUUCCGUGGUUUGUGGAAUGGAUUACCUGUCCGUAUCGUGAUGAUCGGUACCUUGACUGGUCUCCAGUGGAUGAUCUACGACUCGUUCAAGAUCUUCAUGGGACUUCCGACCACCGGUGGUGGCCCUAGCGAGGCCAAGAAGAAUUAG